AUGGGCGGAAUACUAACGCAGCGGUUCGUGCGACUCCCGUACCCAACGACGUCCUUCUCCGGCCAGACGGUCAUCGUGACAGGAAGCAACACGGGGCUGGGCAAGGAAGCGGCCCGGCACUUUGCACGGCUCGGGGCCGCCAAGAUCAUCCUCGCCGUCCGCAACACGGACGCAGGCACGGCGGCGAAGCAGGACAUUGAAUCCACGACGCACUGCGACCCGUCGGUGAUCGAAGUGUGGCACCUGGACCUGGCGUCGUACGAGUCGGUGCGGGCGUUCGCCAGACGAGCCACGGCGGACCUGGCGCGGGUCGACGUGCUGAUGGAGAACGCCGGGGUGGCCAAGCUCACGUGGGACGUGGUCGAGGGCCACGAGCGCACCAUCACGGUCAACGUGCUGUCGACGUUCCUGCUCGCCUUCCUCAUGCUGCCCAAGCUGCGCGCCACGGCGGAAAAGUUCGAGACCACGCCGACCCUGACCGUCGUCUCGAGCGAGGUGCACGCCAUGACCAAGUUCCCCGAGUGGAACGACCCGGACCACGCCAACACCUUCGACGCGCUCGACGACCAGUCCAAGACCAACUUCAGGGAGCGGUACCCGACGAGCAAACUCCUCGAGGUCCUCGUCAUCCGCGCCAUGGUGGACAGGAUGCGGAAGCGAGAGAAGAAGGGACGGACCGAGAAACAACCGGCCGUCACCGUCAACUACCUCAACCCGGGCCUGUGCCACUCCGAGCUCGCGCGCGAGGGCGGGCUGAGGUUCACCGUCCUCAAGUUCCUGUUCGCCCGCUCCACCGAGGUGGGCAGCCGGACCCUGUUGGCCGCCGCCGCCGCCGGGCCCGGGAGCCACGGCAGGUACAUGACCGACGCCGAGGUCGACGACGGCGCCCUGUCCUCGUUCGUCCGGAGCGAGGACGGGAAGAGGGCCUCGGAGAAGGUGUGGAGGGAGCUGGUCGAGAUACUGGAAAAGGCCGAACCCGGCGUCACCGACAACUUGUGA